AUGGAUUCAUUGAAACUCCCCACAACAGCUGCAUCAGCAUCCACAUUCACAGCCCCUGGCUCUUUGUCUUUCCCUCAAGGUAUUGAUUCAGCCGUGACACAUGUGAAGAAAAGUGAGGAUGGAGAUAUUGGCGUCAUGGAACCCAACGAGAAUGAUGAGGACAGUGCUAUGUCUGGAAUUGUGCCCACACUUCAAAAUAUUGUGGCUACUGUGAACUUGGGCUGUCGCUUAGACUUGAAAACCAUUGCUUUGCAUGCUCGUAAUGCAGAAUACAAUCCUAAAAGAUUUGCUGCGGUCAUUAUGCGUAUCAGAGAGCCUAAAACCACAGCACUUAUUUUUGCUUCUGGUAAAAUGGUUGUGACUGGUGCCAAGUCCGAAGAUGACUCCAAACUUGCCUCGAGGAAAUACGCACGUAUCAUACAAAAGUUGGGUUUCAAUGCUAAAUUCACCGACUUCAAAAUUCAGAACAUUGUUGGUUCUUGUGACGUGAAAUUUCCUAUCAGAUUAGAGGGUCUUGCUUUUUCGCAUGGAACUUUCUCGUCUUAUGAACCUGAAUUGUUUCCUGGUUUGAUUUACAGAAUGGUUAAACCAAAGAUUGUCUUAUUGAUCUUUGUUUCGGGGAAAAUUGUCUUGACAGGUGCAAAACAAAGAGAAGAGAUUUAUGCUGCUUUUGAGGCUAUCUACCCUGUGUUGAGUGAAUUCCGUAAAUCGUAA